AUGCCGACGUUUCUUCAUUUGAGGGGUGAUUGGUUCCGAAGUUUAGCAAUUGUCUACGAGACAGACUUCGACGAGACUGCAACACCUUCUUCCAGUAAUCGGAAGCGACGGUCAUYGGAAGAUAAAAUUUGCUUUAAUUAUUUGUACUGCAAAUGGAAAUAUGCUGCACUUGAGAUGAACCAAUCAACAACUACAACAACACAGACUCCAACUACAACUACAACGCCUUUAACAACAACUACUACAGUACCCACAACAGCUGCAAAAGCGAAACCAACAACAGCAAAGGCAUCUCCGACAACAAAUCAAACAACAACUAGUGCAGCUACUACACCAACUGCAAAGGUAUUAACGAAAGAAGAGAAAGAAGAAGCUGCAUUUAGUGGGACAUUAAGCCAGCCAGACCCCUCAACCCUCACCAAAGAAUCGAGAGAUACAGAGGAACUUUCUGUUAACUUGGCAUCCCAGCCAGAAGAUCUUAUGAGAGAGACUGGUCAUCAGUUUAGCGAUAUGAUUUUAUCAUGCACUUAUAGAGGAAUUUCUUGCACGAAUUAUACCGAAAAACUUUGGAGCCACUUUUGGCACUACAAAUAUGGAAACUGUUUUGUCUUCAAUUCUGGAAAAGAUUCGUUUGGAAAUUUUAAGCCAACAUUGAGAUCAAAUAAACCUGGUCCUACAAAUGGUCUCAUAAUAGAGUUAAACACUGAACAGCACGAAUAUUUGGGACAACUAACCCAAGAGGCUGGAAUUCGUGUAGUUGUAUCUAAGCAAGGCGAAAUGUCUUCUCCACUAGARAAAGGUUUUAGCAUAUCUCCGGGAUAUUCCACUUCGGCGGGAAUUAGACAGGUACACAUAAUUCGUGAGGAUCCUUUUAAAAAUAAAAGUUGCCGUCACAGUGAAGACAUCGAAUCGAACAAUAUUUAUAGAAAUCGAUAUAAUAUUUCCUAUUCUUCAACGGUUUGCAAGGAUUCGUGCCUAGCCUACCGUCAGUUAGAAACCUGUGGCUGCAUGGAAUACAGGUUUCCAAAUAAGGGCCAAAGAGUAUGUGACGUUUUGAAUCUAACUGUCAUUUCCUGUUUGAAUGAAUUACAAAUGCUGUACCAAGAAAACAAACUUGGUUGUUCAGAAAAAUGUGGACCGCCCUGCAUUGAAGAUAUUUUCAAACUCACAAUUUCCUCCUCAAGAUGGCCGUCAGACAAUUACAAGAGUAAAUUUCUCACAAAACUCCAAGAAGACAGAGGUGUAUAUCUAGAUCCCGACGCCGAUCCUAGGGCCUACUUUGUCAGGUUUCAAAUCUUCUUUGAAGAACUCARCUAUGAGGUAAUUGAAGAAUAUCUUGCAUAUGAGGUUAUUAACUUUAUAUCGGACAUUGGAGGUCAGCUGGGAUUAUGGAUCGGAAUCUCCUGUUUAACAGCUACGGAAUUCUUAGAACUCUUAAUAUUGAUUAUUGUUCGGAUUUCUUGUGAAAUCAUGAAUUGGAUGAACAUUGUUGGGAAUGCACRAAUAUCCACUGCUGAGCAUAAAAGGUGCGAAAGGGAAGAUCGUGCUGGUACUAGAMGUGUGCGUGAAGAUAUCUACGAGACGCAUUUUUCAGUACCUGAUGCUAACAGCGAUUCAUACCAUUCACUUACUAUACAAGAAUAUGACUCUAAGAUAAUAAAUACACAACUAUGA